AGAGAGAGAGAGAGUGGAGAGAACUCAGUCUGCUCUGCAACUCAUCUGAAAGUGAACCCACGCACUCCGCUUCUCUUCUUCUUCUUCCUCCUCUUCUUCUUCUUCUUCUUCGACCACACCCAUUCGAUUCAUCAGUCUCCCAUCGACAAGUUGAAAUCCUCUCUCUCUCUCUCUCUCUCUCUCUCUGACCCUGCGACAUUUUCAACAUUUCUCCAUCGCAAUCAAUAUAGCCAUAAUUUGAAUCUAAUUAUUUGAUUGUUACCCGUCCGUUAAGUCGUCACUCCCAUCAAUUUUAUCCUAUUGCAGGCUUAUCCUCUGUCUUCUUCUUCCCCCAUCUCCCCACCCUCCCUCCUCCCUUCUCCUUCGACGGUUUCUCUCCCUGAUCCAAUUCGAAAUUCUACCCUUCCACCCCCCAUCAAGGAAUCGACAGCUCAUCGCUCCCCCAUAGUUACCUGCUCUCUCUCUCUCUCACCACUGCUGUGUCUCCCAGGGUUCUGCCCUUCUUCACUGUAGGAUCCGCUGAACUGGAUGAAGUGGAAGCUCGCUUGAUCAUGGUUUACUUGCUAAACCAGUAGCAAUAUGGGAUGCGUUUACUCCAGAGCAUGUGUCGGCGAAAUCUGCGCCCCGAGGGAGGCUAGGAUUAAAGGACCCAAAAACAAUGCAAGAGCACAGCAGGAGUUCCCUGUCUUCUCUCCCGCAUCGUCCUCGGAUGUGCAGGAAUCGGAAGCUCGGGAUCAGCUGAACCAGCUCAGCCUCACUCAAGAUCCCGACGCUGGCAUUACUAGGCUCUCACGGGUUUCCUCCCAGUUCUUGCCUCCUGAUGGAUCGAGAACUGUCAAAGUCCCAUCGAAAAGCUACGAGUUGAGGUACUCUUUUUUAUCGCAGAGAGGGUACUAUCCUGAUGCCCUUGAUAAGGCCAAUCAGGACAGUUUUUGCAUCCACACCUCUUUCGGAGCUGACCCAAAUGAUCACUUCUUCGGGGUCUUCGAUGGACAUGGAGAAUAUGGGGCCCAAUGCUCUCAGUUCGUGAAAAGAAAACUGUGUGAAAACCUACUUAGGAAUCCUAAGUACCCUGUGGACCCGGUUGAGGCUUGUCAUGUGGCAUAUUUAACCACCAAUUCUCAGCUUCAUGCCGAUGUAAUUGAUGAUAGUAUGAGCGGGACAACAGCGAUCACUGUAUUAGUUAGAGGGAGGACUAUAUAUGUUGCAAACUCGGGUGAUUCGAGGGCUGUGAUUGGUGAGAGGAGGGGGGAAGAGAUCGUGGCCGUGGAUCUCUCGGUGGAUCAGACUCCGUUCCGUGAGGAUGAGCUUGAACGGGCCAAGCUAUGCGGGGCACGGGUGCUCACCCUUGAUCAGAUCGAGGGGCUGAAGAACCCCAAUGUGCAGUGCUGGGGAACUGAAGAAGGUGAUGAUGGUGACCCACCGAGGCUGUGGGUUCCAGAUGGGAUGUAUCCUGGCACCGCUUUCACAAGGAGCAUCGGUGAUUCCAUUGCUGAGACUAUUGGGGUUGUUGCGAACCCUGAGAUUGUUGUCCUUGAGCUUACAAAGAAUCAUCCUUUCUUUGUGCUUGCUAGUGAUGGAGUAUUCGAAUUUCUUUCUAGCCAAACUGUGAUCGACAUGGUUGCAAAAUUCAAAGAUCCCCGUGAUGCUUGUGCUGCAAUAGUGGCCGAGUCUUAUCGGCUCUGGCUUCAGUAUGAAACUCGCACUGAUGAUAUCACAAUUAUAGUCGUUCAUGUCAAUGGGUUAAAAGAAACUGCUAUUGGUGGUCAAUCUGUGGGCCACGGUGUUGCUAUGCGUCCCCCUGUUCCUCAAGUUGUAGAGGUGACAGGGGCAGAAUCUCCUUCCACCUUCGGCGGGAGUGCCCGGAACCUUCGAGCAAGACAUGAUCUAUCAAAGGCGCGAAUUCGUGCGCUCGAGAAUUCCUUAGAAAUGGGUCAACUAUGGGUUCCCCCACCCUCAUCCCACCGGAAAACUUGGGAGGAAGAAGCACACAUUGAACGGGCGUUGCAUGAUCAUUUCCUUUUCAGAAGACUCACCGACUCUCAGUGUCAUGUUUUGUUGGACUGCAUGCAAAGAGUAGAGGUCCAGCCUGGAGAUGUUGUAGUCGAGCAGGGCGGUGAAGGUGACUGCUUUUAUGUUGUUGGCAGCGGAGAAUUCGAGGUCUUGGCAACGCAGGAAGAGAAAAAUGGUGAGGUAACUCGGGUUUUGCAGCGAUACACUGCUGAAAAGUUAUCAUGUUUUGGAGAGCUUGCGUUGAUGUACAACAAACCUCUCCAAGCCUCAGUUCGCGCUGUCACGAAUGGAACUCUUUGGGCCUUAAAGAGAGAAGAUUUUCGAGGGAUUCUGAUGUCCGAGUUUUCCAAUUUGUCAUCCUUGAAGUUGCUUAGGUCGAUAGAUCUCUUGUCGAGAUUAACAAUCCUGCAGCUAAGCCACAUAGCAGAAUCACUUUCAGAAGUUUCGUUCACGGAUGGUCAGACCAUAGUUGACCAGAACGAAGGUUUGUCAGCAAUGUACAUCAUCCAGAAAGGACUAGUGAGGCUCACUUUUGACUCAAAGAUGACUAAGAAUCCAAAUGUCUGCAGUCUCAAAUGUGAUAGUCUAAAGGAAGAUGAUAGUUUUGAUAAAGAGCUCUCAGUGGAGAAGACUGAAGGAAGCUAUUUUGGUGAGUGGGUUCUUCUUGGUGAGCAGAUUGGUUCUUUAAGUGCAGUUGCUGUUGGAGAAGUUUCAUGUGCCUUACUGACAAAGGAGAAGUUUGAAUCGGUUGUGGGUGCCCUCACAAAUCUAUCACCGGAAGACCAAAAGGAAAGGGGCCGUAAUUCUGAAUUUGCUGAUGCAUCUGCCACAGUUGUUGAUGUCUCUGUUUUCGAUAAGGUUCAGCUCUCCGAUUUGGAGUGGAAGAAAUGCUUAUAUACCACUGACUGCAGCGAGAUUGGGCUUGUUCUUUUACAAGACACAAAACAUCAACUUAGCUUGAAAAGAUUUUUGAAGAAAAAGGUCAAAGAGCUGGGGAAGGAAGAACAGGUGUUGAAAGAAAAGAACCUGAUGAAGGAACUGAAGCCUACUCCUUGCGUACCUCAACUUUUACGCACUUGUGCUGAUAAUACACAUGCCGCGAUACUUCUAAAUACGGCUCUUUCAUGUCCUUUGAUUUCUAUACUUCACAAACCACUCGAUGAUUCAUCUGCAAAGUUCUGUGCUGCCUCUGUCGUCAUUGCAUUAGAGGAGCUACACAAGAACGGUGUUCUCUUCAGAUGUAUCUCUGCAGAUGCCAUAAUGUUGGAUCAAAUGGGACAUCUACAGUUAGUAGACUUCAGAUUUGGGAAGAAAUUAUCUAGAGACAGAACGUUCACGAUCUGUGGAAUGGCCAACUUUUUAGCUCCAGAAAUUGUCCAGGGAAAAGGGCAUGGCUUCGCAGCUGACUGGUGGGCACUUGGAGUCUUGAUCUACAUCAUGCUACAAGGGGAAAAGCCUUUCGGUUCAUGGAGAGAGAGUGAGACUGAUACAUUCUCAAAGAUCGCGAAAGGCCGGCUACAUCUUCCUCCGACUUUAUCUCCAGAGGCCGUCGACCUCAGUACAAAGUUGCUUGAAGUUGACGAGGAUAAAAGAUUGGGGAGCCAAGGGGCCGAUGCCAUUAAGAACCAUUCAUGGUUUGAUGGUUUUGAUUGGAACGGGAUUGCCGAUAACUCCUGUGCUGUUCCUGAUGAGAUUGUUUCCCGAAUAACUCAAUACUUGGGAAGUAAUAUCAAGGAACCAACGACUUCUCUAUCUUCUUCUCGUGAUACAGAGGAAGAUCUCAGCUCUACUGAAUGGCUUGAUGAUUGGUAGUGAUAUAAUCUUCAUGUAGAUAUCUGCCUUUCCUGGUGGACUUUCUAUGCUCAAGUUCUCUUUUGUGCAACAUGGACCAAUUACUGGAUGAGGCGCUGAAGUGGGGCAUGUAAUGUGAUCGAUGUCCUACCAUUCUUGGUUUCCAUUGAUCAGUGAUGAGUCAAGAAAUGAUUUCCUUUGGAAAAUUCUUCAUUCCUGCUCAAUGAGAUCUAUACAAUGCAUUUGUCUGUCGGAAAGCAUUAUUCUUUUUGCUUCUCCGAUCUUCACUGUACUUUCUCACUUCUGUAAAUGUAUGUAUAUUUAAAUGAGAGUUCUUAUCAGAAAUUUCUUUCACUGCA